AUGGACUUGAAUUUCCGUUUUUCGAACCUCAUUGGUUCUGUCUAUCGAAACGGAGAUGUGAUAUUCUCGCCAGACGGGAACUCCGUGAUAAGCCCGGUUGGAAACAAAAUUUCGAUUUUCGACUUGAAAAAUAAUGUGUCAAGGACGUUGUGUUUUGAUUGUAUGCACAAUAUUAUGGCAGUUGCUAUGAAUAGCACUGGAUCGCACAUGAUUGUUUCCAACGAAGGUGGUCAUGUUCUUUAUAUCAACAUGAGCACAGAAACUGUGAUAUUUCAAAUUCGUGCAAACAGAACCGUCCGAUCAGUGCAGUUCUCACCGGAUGGGAAAUUCAUUGCAAUAUGCCGUGAUAUGGAUUUACAAAUCCAAGAGAUUGGAAAACAGUCGACGUCGAUCCUCAUUGUAGCUGGUGGAGAAGAUCAUAUUGUUCGUGUUGUGGGUGCCCGUUACUAUCGCAACCUUUUCAUUCAUCCUUUGGCUGCCCAUCAAGGGCCUAUAGUAACAUGCCAGUUUAUCAACGGUAAUUAUGAUCGCGUGACUAUAAUAAUCAAUGAAUUCACAGGGAAAUGGACAAAGCCGGAGGAAAAUGAAAUGGAAAGCGAAGACGAAUCAGUGACAAGACUUUAUUAUGAAAAAACGAAGAGGUACUCUCUUUUGGAAUCAUCAGGCAGCGGUAAAUCCGGAAUCGAUGUUACUUCUUGUCGUAUACAUACGACGACGAAUAUUUUAGUAACAGCUUACUCUAAUGGUGUGUUUGUUCUUCACGAAGUACCAUCAUUUGCUCUCAUACAUAAUUUACGGGUAUCGGAUAUGCAGAUUACCAGCGUUGCAGUCAAUAAUACAGGUGAUUGGUUGGCAUUAGGUUGCGGUAAAGGAUCAGCUGCGCAAUUGGUGGUGUGGGAAUGGCAAUCUGAGACUUAUGUUCUGAAACAACAAGCACAUUCACAACGAAUUCUAGCGGUGCAAUACUCGCCAGAUGGUUCUUUGCUAGGUACUGGAGCAGAGGAUGGAAAGGUAAAAAUUUGGAAUGGCCAUACCGCCUUCUGUACGGUGACUUUCGAUGAACACACUUCGGCUGUAACAGGCAUUUGCUGGACGCAGAGCGGCAAAGCAAUUCUCAGCGCAUCUCUGGAUGGAACAGUACGGGCUCACGAUCUAAAAAGGUAUCGAAAUUUCCGUACCCUUGUGUGUCCUGAGCCAACACAACUUGGUAGUUUAGCCGUAGAUCAAGUGAAGUCUGAUCUUCUAAUUCCGAAGGUAAUGCAAAUUCGGGCUACUAUUCAGAUUUUUGUGUGGAGUAUGGAAAAUGGGUCAUUGCUAGAUGUGUUGAGUGGACAUCAAUCAAAUAUUGCUAGCAUAAGUAUGCAUGGAAAUGCCUUAGCUAGCGUUUCAUGGGAUCGAACGCUGAAACUGUGGAACAUCGUGGAUUCGACGUGUGAGACGACUGAGCUUGCACAGGAAGGUCUCGCAGUGGCUUUUUCGCCAUGUGGGACUAUUGGUAGCCGUGCUUACUCGGUGGACUCUAACGUCACAAUUUAUCAUGCGAAAGAUGUGAGUUAUUUAGGAUUGAUCUACAACUCAAAAAGAAAUAGCUCAAAACCACUGUUUUUACUCAUUGUUAAGAUGGCCUUCAUCGGAUCGAUUGAUGCCAGGUUGGACCUGGAUCCUUCAAGAGGACAAGCUGAUUUGAUUACUAGCAGAAUGCUGCUAAGAGCAAGUGAUUUCUCUCCUGACAGCGCGUUGCUCUUGUUGGGCGGAGAAUCGAACAACUUCUGCAUGUAUUCGGUGGUGGAUCGCAUGCUUGUGAAAAAAUUCACGAUCACAGAAAAUCGCAGCCUUGACGGUGUCGUGUUGGAUGUGAAUCGGCGUAACUUCACCGAAUUUGGUAACAUGGCGCUUUUUGACUCGUCAGAUUCCGAGACGGAGCCAGAUGGAAAACGAGCAAUUCGACUUCCUGGCUCGAAGCAUUUCGAUCUAGGGGAGCGAUCAGCUCGACCUCAAGUAGCUGUUUAUGCAGUGACGUAUUGCCCAACUGGUCGGCGGUUCGCGGUGUGCAGUACAGAAGGCGUUGGAGUGUAUUCAUUGGAUACAGUAGGCUUGUUCGAUCCAUUCCAAUUAGACAGUCAGACAACGCCUGCAAUGAUUAAAAAUUGUACGCUCAUUGCCUUUAUCCUACGUGAAAAAUUGCUCAAGUGGAUUGCCGAUGGCCGAGUGGUGGCGAGUUCAACGCAUGUGCACUUUUAUAUGAUUUGGCUGCGACACAUACUCAAUAUCCACGGUAUGCGCCUGAAAGGACGAACAGAUGUCGCGAUAUUGACUGGGAUUCAGCAGAUUGUUGCCCAUCAUACGCAAUUAAAUUCAAAAUUAGCUGAUCAGAACAAAUUUGGUCUCCGAUAUAUCUUGGCAGCACGGAAGUUGCGACGCAAAAAUGAGGCGCAGAGUAUGGAGUAUGAUUCAAAAGAAAUAUUGAAGUCGCCAUGGGACGAGCUGUACCUACCUCAACCCAUCAUGUGGGCUAUUCGAGAAUUGGGGAAGAGGGUGUACCUGUCUGCCAGUAUCUUUCGGAUUGGAGCGGAUUGGUGUGGCUUGAUUGUGGACGAGACGGAUCGCAUGGUGGAAAAAGGGCAUUUCGAAGAAAUGCAGGACAUCCUAAAAUUUGUUAGGCACCUCAUUGUAGCUGGUGGAGAAGAUCAUAUUGUUCGUGUUGUGGGUGCCCGUUACUAUCGCAACCUUUUCAUUCAUCCUUUGGCUGCCCAUCAAGGGCCUAUAGUAACAUGCCAGUUUAUCAACGGUAAUUAUGAUUUGAUAUCUGUUUGUAAACGUGGUAUCGCUAAUGUUUGGACGGCAUCGAUUCAACCAGGCGAUCUUGUUGAAGGGAAGUGGACAAAACCGGAGGAAAAUGAAAUGGAAAGCGAAGACGAAUCAGUGACAAGACUUUAUUAUGAAAAAACGAAGAGGGUAUCGGAUAUGCAGAUUACCAGCGUUGCAGUCAAUAAUACAGGUGAUUGGUUGGCAUUAGGUUGCGGUAAAGGAUCAGCUGCGCAAUUGGUGGUGUGGGAAUGGCAAUCUGAGACUUAUGUUCUGAAACAACAAGCACAUUCACAACGAAUUCUAGCGGUGCAAUACUCGCCAGAUGGUUCUUUGCUAGGUACUGGAGCAGAGGAUGGAAAGGUAAAAAUUUGGAAUGGCCAUACCGCCUUCUGUACGGUGACUUUCGAUGAACACACUUCGGCUGUAACAGGCAUUUGCUGGACGCAGAGCGGCAAAGCAAUUCUCAGCGCAUCUCUGGAUGGAACAGUACGGGCUCACGAUCUAAAAAGGUAUCGAAAUUUCCGUACCCUUGUGUGUCCUGAGCCAACACAACUUGGUAGUUUAGCCGUAGAUCAGUCCGGCGAUAUAGUUGUAGCUGGUGCGAAGGAAGUGUUUAGUGUACGUUCUAAAUUAGAAUUGUGGAACAUCGUGGAUUCGACGUGUGAGACGACUGAGCUUGCACAGGAAGGUCUCGCAGUGGCUUUUUCGCCAUGUGGACUAUUGGUAGCCGUGCUUACGGUGGACUCUAACGUCACAAUUUAUCAUGCGAAAGAUAUGGCCUUCAUCGGAUCGAUUGAUGCCAGGUUGGACCUGGAUCCUUCAAGAGGACAAGCUGAUUUGAUUACUAGGCAGAAUGCAGCUAAGAGCAAGUGUGUUUAUCAUUCACCUGCUAUGCAGUUCUCUCCUGACAGCGCGCUGCUCUUGCUGGGUGGAGAAUCGAACAACUUCUGCAUGUAUUCGGUGGUGGAUCGCAUGCUUGUGAAAAAAUUCACGAUCACAGAAAAUCGCAGCCUUGACGGUGUCGUGUUGGAUGUGAAUCGGCGUAACUUCACCGAAUUUGGUAACAUGGCGCUUUUUGACUCGUCAGAUUCCGAGACGGAGCCAGAUGGAAAACGAGCAAUUCGACUUCCUGGCUCGAAGCAUUUCGAUCUAGGGGAGCGAUCAGCUCGACCUCAAGUAGCUGUUUAUGCAGUGACGUAUUGCCCAACUGGUCGGCGGUUCGCGGUGUGCAGUACAGAAGGCGUUGGAGUGUAUUCAUUGGAUACAGUAGGCUUGUUCGAUCCAUUCCAAUUAGACAGUCAGACAACGCCUGCAAUGAUUAAAAACGCCCUUUCAUUGGAUGAUUAUUCCACUGCUUUAAUGGCAAGUUUACGACUGAACGAUACGCCUUUGAUACAAAGAAGUAUGGAAAGCACACCUUUGGAGCAAAUUGAGUUAGUUGUACGCUCAUUGCCUUUAUCCUACGUUGAAAAAUUGCUCAAGUGGAUUGCCGAUGGCCGAGUGGUGGCGAGUUCAACGCAUGUGCACUUUUAUAUGAUUUGGCUGCGACACAUACUCAAUAUCCACGGUAUGCGCCUGAAAGGACGAACAGAUGUCGCGAUAUUGACUGGGAUUCAGCAGAUUGUUGCCCAUCAUACGCAAUUAAUUUCAAAAUUAGCUGAUCAGAACAAAUUUGGUCUCCGAUAUAUCUUGGCAGCACGGAAGUUGCGACGCAAAAAUGAGGCGCAGAAGAUUUUGCCUGAGGAUAUCCAGUCUCCGACAAAGGGAAAGAAGAAAAAGAAAAUAAAGGCACAGCAUGAGAAAAAGAAAAAGAAGCGAAAACGGGAAACUGAAAAAGCCGAAGGACCUACAUCGCCGAAGAAAGUGAAGUUUGCUCUCGAAGGUCCUGCACAGGCUUCGCAAGCACCAACCAAAGCGGAAGAUCCCUUGUUAUUCAGCCAGCAAGAGGAAGAAUAUGUACAGAGAAUAGUCAUCGACGACGAAGAAGAAAGUACUGACGAACUCGAUGAUUCAAAAGAAACAUUGAAGUCGCCAUGGGACGAGCUGUACCUACCUCAACCCAUCAUGUGGGCUAUUCGAGAAUUGGGGUUCAAGACUCCUACCGAGAUACAAAAACAAGUGCUUCCUCUAGCCGUUCGAGAUCACUGUGAUGUACUGGGAGCAGCAGAGACGGGCAGUGGUAAGACUUUAGCCUAUGCGAUACCGAUGGCUACUCGACUCUUAGAGCUGCCGCUGGAGGCUCAUUCAAAGAAAACUGGCCCAAAGGCUCUUAUACUAGCUCCCACAAGAGAACUGGUUGUGCAGGCAUUCUCAAUCGUUGGUGGCCUAGCUCAAGUACGGCAAGCUCGUAUUCUUAGAGAGCAGAAACCACCGAAAGGUAAUUGUAGGCAACUCCUUGGACGCCUCUGGGCCAUGAUGAAGGAAAUGGAAGAGGGUGUACCUGUCUGCCAGUAUCUUUCGGAUUGGAGCGGAUUGGUGUGCUUGAUUGUGGACGAGACGGAUCGCAUGGUGGAAAAAGGACAUUUCGAAGAAAUGCAGGACAUCCUAAAAUUUGUUAAGCAGUCGGCAACAGAUAAGCUGCAAACACUGGUAUUCUCAGCCACAUUGACGUAUGUUCAUCAUGAUCAAUCCAGAGUUGGUCCUUACGAAGAAGGAGCUGACGCCACAGCAAAAAAUAAGUUGGAAGCGAGCGUCAAACUAAUAUUCAAAGAGUUGAUUCAACUCACUGGAAUGCGCCCAAAUUGUAAAGUUGUUGAUAUUACCCGAGAAUUCGGUACGGCGGAAGCGCUCGUCGGAAACAAGGAUCAAUUGCUCAAACCUCCUCGAAAAAGACACGACGAUAGUCUAUCUCUUGGAGCAUAUAAGUACAGGUGUGAUUUCACGAAUUCUGUAGACGCUUCACGACGAAUGUAUGGAAUUCUGAGACUGCUGAAGCUACAACCGUUGAUGAUUCAUGCGAAAAUGGAGCAGAAAGUCCGACUUAGGAAUUUGGAAAAGUUCGCUGGGGAUUCGAGAAGCGUAUUAUUAGCUACGGAUGUGGCGGCUCGAGGGCUCGACAUUCAGGGAAUCGACAAUGUUAUUCACUAUCAAGUACCAAAAACUGCAGAAAUGUAUAUUCAUCGAUCGGGUCGAACUGCACGUGCGUCACGAAAGGGUUUGUCAGUUCUAAUCGUAGAUUCAAAAGAUGCCCACUUAUACCGAAGAUUGUGCAAAAAUCUUAAUCGAGAGAAAGACUUACCAGUGUUCCCAGUCGACUGCCCCGAACUGAUGAAACGGCUGACAACACGUGUAAAGCUGGCUUCGGCUCUGGACACAUUUGCCCAUCGAAGUAAAAAAAUUCGCCUUUCCGAAAAUUGGUUCGACAAGAUUAUUCGAGAAGCGGACUUAGCGAUGGACGAUCUAAGGUGGGAAUUGAAUCAUCAAUAA